AUGAGCGACACCAGCUCCGACGACAUGGACGAAAUACCAGAGGAGGCUGAAAAGGAGAUGGUUGAUAUUACAACCAUAUUGGAUGAUGCAGCCAAAUCUCUAACAGUAUCUAAUCCGAUGCUUUGCAACACUGAUAGGUUCAACCUUCAAGAUGCCAUGGCCGCAUUAGAAGUCAUGGACCCAAAGAUGGAUUGUUGUGAAAUUCCGAUCUCUGAGGUCGCUCCUUUUGGUGUAAAAGUGGACGACAAUAAUGACCGUUUAGUAUUUCCGCGGCCUGUGCCAACGGGACUUGACGAUGCUGUUGAUCCACUUCCUUGGGAUGGGCUUACAAAUUUGGAUGCAGCUCACAUACUGGUAGAAAAUAUGAUCCGAUUGGAAUCGCUACUUGGUGGAGCCUCGGUUGUGGAGAGCACAUAUACUUGUUUAUAUGCACACAAACCUGUGGUUACAGACAUGAAACAACGUUUAAUUGGACCUGUUUCGAACGACGAUGGGAAAGAGAAGCAGUCGAUGAAAGGGACUCUCGCCCAAAACGUCGUAUAUGCUUCAACACUAAUUAUAUUGGAACUUACUGAUUCAAUACGGAGUAUCAUUCUCAAUGCGGAUAUCUACGAAGAAGAAGACUUUACUGUCAGCACGUACAGUAUAGACGUAUUCAAUGACAGAGAUGAAGGUUCGGUUGUGAAUAUAGUCGCAAACACGCUUGAGUACAUGGUUUCUGAAGUCGAUGACAAAGAUAAAGACGAAGUUGACGUCAUAGCGCAACUGUUGAAGUAUAAAUUGGAUCUCUUGGCGAUGUGCACUACCAUGGCUCGUUUGAACGGGGGAAAUGUACGACAGGCUAUCGAGAAGGUGCAAAGAAUGGCAAAACAAUCGCUUCAAGCUCUGGAAAAGCUCUGCCCGACUAUUGAAAGGUUAGAAAAGCGCAAACCAGACUCGGCGAAAACUACCAUUCGCAGAGUAUUCGAUUCGCAUGUGAAUCGGCCUCUUGUUGGUAAUGCUCCUGUCAGAGCCAUUCGCUUUCAAACGCUCCCAGACACCAUGUCAUUCUUUGUGAAAUUUACACGUGAUCUGGAUUGGGCAUUGUGCCGAAUGCUACUCAAGGGUGACUCACUUGAUAGAAUCAGACGAAUGCUAUUCGUGAUCUCCGUUUCAGAGCUGAACAUUCUCAUUCAAUCGUUGGUUGUCCUGAAUUUGUACUUUGAUGAGAAGAUUUUUGGGCAACAUCCUCUUCCUGCUUUGAUCACAAAGAGCAUGCAACGACAGUUCCACUUACCAGACACAAUUUUCAACAACCAAUACUCUGGGGCCUUCAUUACACGUAUGGCAAAACCAAUGUACGAUAUACUGAAGGUUAUGGUAUUGAAUCGUCAACGACAACGAGCGUACAUCGAUGCUGUCAUGUUGAUCGACUGGACAACACUGAUUCAAGAGGCACAGUUGGUGGAUAGUGCCUUGAAGCAGGAAAACCCCGGAGCUGCGCCCUACUUCACUCUAUAUGCAUUGACCAUAUCAAUUUUUUUGAUGGAUCAUACGGUAGCCCUCGGCCUUGAGUUGGAUCUUUUCUGCUCGGAGUAUGAAAUAGCGGUUGUGUACUGGUACAGAGACUACUUGCUUUCGUCACUGAUAACGCAGCUUUCGACCAUUCGUCAAUUGAAGAAUGCACACAAAGCCGCAGAGGCGCAAAUGGCUGAAGCCAAGAGCAAAAUACAAAGAGGGAAGAAGAAAGGCGGCAAGCACAACAAGAAGGCAGCCAACACUGUAGCUUUACCCACAGCUGAGGACAUCGAGGAUGACUACGAAUUCCUCCUCAUGAAUCUGAGAAGGGGUCUAUGUCGAGGUACCGUCAGAUUUAUGGCAGCUGUAAAUCAAGCAGGCCUCAUUAAGGAGAUAGACUUUGAGUUCACUUCAAAAGAAAAGAUAUUCGAGAAGCGAUUCGAGGCGUUCCAAGUGAUGCCACAACCUCCACCUCUCACCUAUGCAGACUACAAGCAAGGAUCAGAUUUCUCAAGUGUGGAUCAAAAGGAAUUACUCAAUUCGGCUUCAGAAUGUUUCAAAACGAGCAAGACUAUGGUUGAUAAGCUGGAGUCGCAACUGAAGGUUAUAGAUUCAGACUUCGUCUCAGCUAGCGAGAAUGACCUGCGCCAACUUGCUAAAAUAUGUGUUGGAAACACCAUUUACUUGGCAAAGCUAACUCAGAUGGUUGCGGAGAAUGGAAAGAGUUCCGGUGGCCUGGCAAUUGAUAUGGAAACUUCAGUCCAAUUUUGUACAAUCAAGAUAACCUAG